CACAGAACAACUUUACCAGUGCCAGGCCACCUUCUUUCCCGUUCUCUGUCUUCUCUCUAUCUUCCUUUUAUUUCUACAGAGUAUGGAGGAGAGGUCAAAUUUUUCCUUUUUUAUUUUUAUUUGUUUUUAAACCAUAAAACAAAAACCAGAUAAAAUAAAGUUCGUGUAUGCCGCUUUGUUUGGAGGUCGGCUGGAGAAUUCAUGGCAGAUUGACGACGGGAGAGAAGUCGAUUGUCAAAUUUUGUCAAACAACAAGCAGGUGCGGAGCAUACCUUUAGCUCCUGUGAUUCGACCUUUUGAUGCUUCGGGGCUGGAAUUCCGAGAAUUUCUCUCGAAUUUUUCUUUGAGAGGUGUUAAUUGGUGAAACGGAAUUGGAUUCCCUGUUUCCAAGGGUAUCGAAAUUGAAGCAAUGAAAAGGAUGGAGACAAUACAGGAUCUGAUCGAGGAGGCCAAAGUACGGACAGUUUGGUGGGCCAUUUGCAUCUUUGCUGUCACUUACUUCUUGUCUCAUACAAGUACAUCAAUGUGGAUGAAUUUACCCAUAGCAAUUCUCAUUGUUUGUGGGUUACGCAUUCUAUCUAAUGAAGUGGAGUUCAGCUGGAAAGUUCGGAUGUCUCCUACACCAACUUAUUUGUCUCAUCUAGAGAAAAAACAAUUAUCUGUGAAUGAUUCACGUCUUUCUAGCGCUAUACCCCCACCAAAAUGGAAGAGGAAAAUCGACUCUCCUGUAGUUGAAGCUGCUAUCAAUGAUUUCAUCGAUAAAAUCCUGAAGGAUUUUGUGAUAAAUUUGUGGUAUUCAGAAAUUACACCAGAUAGAGAAGCCCCUGAGCUGAUGCGCGCUGUAAUAAUGGAUGCUCUUGGUGAAAUAUCAGGAAGGGUUAAAGAGAUAAAUCUUGUUGACUUGCUAACGAGGGACAUAGUUGACUUAAUAGGUGAUCAUUUGGACCUUUUUAGAAGAAACCAAGCUGCUAUAGGUGCUGAUGUUAUGAAAACACUGUCUUCUGAGGAGAGGGAUGACAGGUUGAAAUAUCAUCUUAUAGUUUCCAAGGAGCUUCAUCCUGCACUGAUGUCUCCUGAGAGUGAGUACAAGGUCCUUCAGCGGCUAAUCAGUGGGGUUUUAUCUGUAGUCCUGAGGCCACGAGAAGCUCAGUGCCCCCUUGUUCGUACUAUUGCUAGAGAACUUGUAACUUGCUUGGUAUUGCAACCUAUUAUGAACUUUGCAAGCCCUGUGUAUGUGAAUGAGGUGAUUGAAUUAGUUGUCCUUGCCAUUAGUGCUGAAAAAGAUGGUAUUUUUGGGAGUUUUGGCCGUUCUACUGGGGAGGGACAUAGUUGUGUCUCUACAUCACAAAAGGGCCUAUCAUCUAAUAAUCAAGAGGCUGAUAUGACUCUGGCUAAAUUCGAUGAUGGGAAAAAACUACCCAUGGAUCAUAAAACAUAUGAAGAAGAGGCUGUACAUCCACAGCCUGCUGAUUGGGCACGAAUGCUAGAGGCUGCAACCCAGAGGAGAACUGAAGUUCUUACUCCUGAGAAUCUUGAGAACAUGUGGACAAAGGGAAGAAAUUAUAAAAAGAAAGAGUACAAGAAGGCCGUAGAAAAGGGCUCCACAAUAAAUUGUUCAGUAUCAACUAGGCCUGUGGAUAAGGAAAUGAAUAUUGACAGGUCUAGGACUUCUAGUGGAGCAGAAGAUAAAGCGAUGGCUGGGCAGGAAAUGGGAUUGAAUCUUGACAUUCAAUUAGAUGAUGCGAACAAGGACAGGAAAUUGUCGCCUCAGGAUUUUAAUAAGGCGUCAUCAUUUGAGGGGGGGCUUCUCAAUGAUGAAAAGAAUGCGAUUGAUUGUCUCUCUGAUGGAAAUAAAAAUAGGCUUAAGAGAUCCAAUAGUACCUCUGAUUUGAAACCACAACCUGGUCUUAAAAAGGCUUUUGUAGGAGAUGCUGGAGGGCCCAUUAUUACAGAGUUCUACAACCCAGAUUUUGUCAAGCAUAAUGACGAACAUGGAAGCAAGAAAACCUUAAACCUAAUUCUCCAAAGUGAGGGACUGCAUGCUCCCAAGCUCAGGUGUCGGGUUAUGGGAGCCUACUUUGAGAAGCUUGGGUCAAAAUCCUUCGCAGUUUAUUCUAUUGCAGUAACAGAUGCAGAAAAAAGAACUUGGUUUGUCAAAAGAAGAUACAGCAAUUUUGAACGGUUGCAUCGUCAUCUUAAAGAAAUUCCAAAUUAUACACUGCAUUUGCCUCCAAAAAGGAUAUUCUCAUCAAGCACCGAGGAUGCUUUUGUUCAUCAACGCUGCAUUCAGCUUGACAAAUAUCUACGAGAUCUCUUGUCUAUAGCUAAUGUUGCUGAACAGCAUGAAGUCUGGGAUUUUCUAAGUGUUUCCUCAAAGAAUUACUCUUUUGGAAAAUCUUCAUCGGUGAUGAGAACCCUGGCAGUCAAUGUUGAUGAUGCCGUGGAUGAUAUUGUACGUCAAUUCAGAGGAGUUUCUGAUGGUUUCAUGCGUAAGGUAGUUGGUCCAUCUUCUGCCCUUGAUGAAGGCUAUUCUCCAAUGUCCAGCGGGAACUUUUCCUGUAAUGCAGAUGAGAUGAGCAAAUAUAGCCAACAUAUUUCAGAAGCAGUGAAUGGUACUUCUGAUAAUGAUGGAGUAGAUAAAGAUGGAAGGGAUGACCAUGAGGAAGACAGAGCUAUGGCAGAAGCUAAUGGAUGGCAUUCUGACAAUGAAGUGAACUCCAGAGAUUUUUCACAUCAAACAAUUAAAAAUGUUGACGAGACUGAGAAUAUACUUUUGGAGAAGACACAUAAUUCAGAGGUGAAAUCUGAAAGACAACAAGGGUCCCAUGCUGCAAACUUGUCCACAUCCUCUGAUCGCUUGGAAGAUCCUGUUGGAAUGCCUCCCGAGUGGACACCUCCGAAUGUUAGUGUACCGGUAUUGAAUCUAGUUGAUAAUGUAUUUCAGCUGAAGAGAAGAGGAUGGUUAAGCCUUUUGUGGACACUACAUAUUCAAGUUGUGCAUUGGGCUCUGUUAACUCUUCUCUGGCCAGGUGGUGUAUUCUUUACAAAAAUAGGGGAUUUCCAAAGCAAAUUUGAUGAGGCUCAGGAUAGUCAAAAACCUUUUGUGACUGGCCAAUUUGGUGUCCCUAAGGUCUGUAAGCCAGGGUCUUUCGAGGAACAACUUGAGGCUACUCGUAGAGCCAGUGAUCUCAAGAAAUUACUUUUUGAUGGGGCUCCAACAGCCUUAGUCAGCUUGAUUGGGCCUAGUCAGUACAGGCGAUGUGCAAGUGACAUUUAUUACUUUACUCAGUCUACCGUAUGUGUGAAGCAACUUGCCUAUGCGAUACUUGAACUAGUACUCAAAUCAGUUUUCCCCGAGCUGCGUGAUCUCUUGAUAGACAUUCAUGAGAAGAUGCGUGUUCAACCUGCAUGAGUAGUUGGCAGUUUACUACUCACGAGAUGACUGGUUCUCUUCCUUAAUAUCACAAGAUACUGAACAUCACCGGCUCUUACGAGGAAGUUUAUUCAGUCAUUUCUCAGGGAUUAGCUUCACGGCUGCAUCAAGCAUUGUAUAUACAAGUAGAAAUCUUUGACUGAGGGAAUUAUAAAAUUCUUUUGGAAUGUCGGCUGAGUAGUUUCUGAAUCUUUUGCUUCUUCUAUUCUAUAACUGUACAGGGUGUACUUCUUGGGGCUUGUAUAGAUUCUACUUGGUUCUUGUGCAUACCUCUGCUUAUUGGGCUUGGACAGUCCUUGAAAGAGGGAAUUUUGUGCUGUGCAGAUUGAAGAACAACUAAUGAAAUCCACUAUUCAUUUCUGAUGCGUGA